GUUCUUCUCCCCAAAGCUUCUCAGAGUUUGUACCCCGAGGCUACUUCGCCCCUUUUAGGGUUAAAUAGGUCUCCUGUAAAGACCAAACCUGCGUCCCAGUGUGAUAUUAGUAAUUUUCCAUAGUAUUUAAGGCAGAUAGGGACGCAGGGGAACUGUGUUCUGCACGCAGGAGCGAAACGUAUCGACACGAAAUCAACGCCGACGUCAGAUAGGUAAUUGGGCAUGACGUCACACGAUUAGCUGCGCCGCAAAAAGGUUGUCACCUUCAGGUCACAGGUGAUGUUUAGGUUGAAUUCCGGCCGCUGAUUGUCUUAGACGAUGGUAGCCUUUCAGGUGGCACUCGUCUAUACGAGGGGCUGAACAUGAAGGCUACCAGCAGUCACACCUGUCUCAGACUCUGUUUGUUUGUGCUGCACAUUUCUACGCGCGUGGCCGGAAACAUGGCCUCUCCGACCCAGUUUGGCGUCACCAAUACAGAAGGUCGCCUAAAUCGACACCCCAAACAGAGGAACUCUUAUUUUAGACCUUUCAAAGAAAGCCAAACUGAAGACGAAGCUAUGCGACUCAUGUUACGUCUAUACAGGAUCGCGGCGGAUGCAGAUGGACGACCCAAACAGCACAAGUUAUUCGGCUCCAACACUGUGAGACUGCUUCAAGCGUCCACCACUGAAAAACACUUUAUCCCGACCUCAAGCGACCUUCAGUAUACCUACACAGUGAAAUAUGAACUGGAAAACCUCUCGUUGGACAAAUUGGUGAGGGCGUCUUUUAUGCACCUAAGGUCGCCUGUGUCAUCGCAUCUUUCUUUUAUCUGUGAGGCAAGAGUCACGUCACUUCAAGAUCUUCCUGCAGGAGACCGUGUCGUCAUGGGUCCUCGAAGCCUGUGGACCGAAUCUGAUGUCACAAGACACGUGUCCGAGUCGAAAGAUGGCCAUGUGUCCCUCUUUGCCCAUUAUCGAUGCACACAACAAGCACACGCCAGGUCCAUUACACAACGGAAACACUUCCCACCUCAGCACCAUCUUCGAGCUCCAGUUUUGCUGCUCUUCUUGGAGGAGAACAAGCAGCCUGUGGAAUGGGGGAAGCACUUCACGCCCCUUUCUCGCCCCAGGACCCGUCGGUCCAAGGAAGCUGGGAGCAUCGUCUCUGACAUUCCCAACUACAAGCAAGGGCUGAACAGUGUGGCCAAAAACCAGUGCAAGCUGCACUCCUACCCUGUGGCCUUCAAAGAUUUGGGAUGGGACCACUGGAUCAUUGCACCCCCCAAGUACAAUCCUCGUUACUGUAUGGGAGACUGUCCUCGUAUCCUGCAUUACGGCUACAAUUCACCCAACCACGCGAUCAUGCAGACAUUAAUCAGCGAGCUUGGUGCGGCAGAUAUCCCGUUGCCCUCUUGUGUUCCUUAUAAAUACAAACCUGUCAGUGUGCUGAUGAUGGAGAAGAACGGAAACAUAGUUUAUAAAGAAUAUGAAGACAUGAUUGCAGACUCCUGCACCUGCAGAUGACUUUGGGCUCAAGGUCAGAUAAGGACAAGAACUAAAUGGUCCUAAUGGACAAUGUGAAUUUGUACUAGCACAGUUGGAAAAGGAAUGGCAAUGUUGGGUUUGAUUUUGCCUUUUGCCAUUUCUCGUGCAGUACUAACAGCAUUCACACAGAGAGGUUUCUGUAAUACUUGAAUUGUGGAGAGUGAUCAAUUCAGUCUCAUCUCUCGCAGUACCCAACUGUUUGGGGAUGUAGGUAUGAACAAAUGGAUUCUGAUUGGUAAAUUAAUUUUUUUUCUUCUAUUUACUCUAUGUAUGUUCAUUGGUUUCUGUCUUGUGUGUAUUAAUGUUAAAUCUUUCAUUAUGUAUUUAUGGAGGGGAAUGGAGAUGGAAAAUCUUGGCACUUUAUUAAAGACACUGUACUGAAAAGUCUGUCUAAAGAAAAUAGGAAAAUGGAGAAGAAAAAUAAUGGAGCAUGAGAGAGCCCUGUCUGUUGUAUUAUAGGCUUUAAUGCUGUUGUGUCUCUUGCAUUUGUAUUCUCUUUCUGAAAGCAAAGGGCACGGCAUUCAAAAGCAAGCAGAGAAAAGGAGCAAAUGCCAAUUUUGCACUACCCCGAAGAAGACAUCCAUUAAGUAUAUGAAAGAGAGCCUUUCAUAGAUUCAUUUCAUAGAGGAGAAACUGAAGUCCAUGCACUUAAAUGAAUGUUUUAAUCCCAUGAUGAAAGAUGAUGAAAUAAAAUGGUUGUUUUGUAUAAAAAAAGAAAGCAAACUUA